UUACUUACAUUGUUCAUUCGUAGGAACUGUAGGAAAUUGGUGUGGACUUUAUUUGGAUGUGGAAUACCUUCGAGAUGUCCAGAAACGUUAUCGCAAAUGAUCGAACAGGAUGACGAUCUUCCCCAUUCCCUUUGUGCGCAAUGUUUUUCAUUGGUUUCAACCUUGGUUAAAUUUUCUGAGCUGGUAAAAACUGUGCAAGAUAUGUAUGAUGCUAUUCAACAAUCAGACCGAAAAACAUUGGAUUUGAAAGUAUUUCGAGAGAAAUUUAACGUAUUUGAGGACGAUUUAUUUAUGUUUGAUCUCUCGGAAACAAAAUCAGCCGAUGAAAAUAUAUUGGCUGAUGAGGAUAUAGACGUUCCAGGAGAUAGUGUUGUGAAAUGUGAGAGUGAAAUGGUGUUUGAAGGCAAAGGUGAAUUGCAGGAUCCUCUUGUUGAUGACGUUGAAAGCAUUGCUAGCGAAGUAGAGAGCGUUAAUUCUCUAAACAACAGUGAAGAAACCAUUAGUAUAGAGACAGCUGAAGACGAGACGAUAUAUGAUCUUAAUGAACAACAUAGUACAAGACAGCUUAACGAAACAUGUGAAUCAGGGUUACUUAGUUCUAUGGAAGAAUCAAUGGAAGACGAAUUCUUCUGUGGCGACUGUUCAACACAGUUCCAACGCUUGAGCAAUUACCGUACACAUUUGAAAAAAGUACAUGGACGAGAUUUGGAACCCUUACAAUGUCCUGAAUGUCCUAAAUCCUUCGUAGGUAAACAUGUACUAGAUCGCCACAUAAUCUCACAUCGGCCACUGUCGGAGAGGCGUAUAUUUCCAUGCCCAGAAUGUGGCCUAAAAUUUCAAGAAAAAUAUUAUGUGGCCAAACAUAUAAAGUAUGUGCACGAAGAUAGCCGUCCGUUUAUAUGUGAAGAAUGUGGAGAAGGUUGCCGAACAAAAUCUAGUCUGAGGAUGCAUAUGCAUGUGCACAGCGAUUUCGCACCUUUUGAAUGCGAAGUAUGUAAGAAAACCUUUAAAAUGAAGAAGCGUCUAAAGAGUCAUAUGGAUAUACAUAAUCCCAAUAAAUUCACCUGUAGUAAGUGCGGCUUAAAACUUAGCUCACGCAUAACCUUACGUCGACAUAUGGUUGUACAUUCUGAUAAAAAGCCCCACAAAUGUGAUUAUUGUGGGAGUACUUUCAAACGCGCUAUGGAACUGAAGAGUCAUUUAAUACUUCACAGCGGCCUAAGACUAUAUCCUUGUGAAUUCUGUGAAAACACGUUUACUAGUAGAUCGAAUUGCCGUUCUCACUUAAAAAAGGCACAUCCCGAUGAAUUUGCUGCUUUAGAAGCUUCUGGUGUAAAAGCUUACACGAAAGAUGUACCAACGUUAGCCGUAUUAAAGAAAUUAAUACAAUCAACAGAAAUCGAUCUUAAACCAGUUUCCAAAAAACGGCGCGUUAAUUUUCCAUUGAAUAAAAAACCUAAAGACUCACUUGCUAAAACAACAACAACCGUGAAGGAGAUAUUUUUCGCAAAAAGAGAAGCCAGCCAUUUAUCGUGAUUUUGGGAACUCUUGGGGACUUUGGGAACCCUUUUUGGGUGUUUGGCCGAGCUCCUCCUCCUAUUUGUGGUGUGCGCCUUGAUAUUGUUCCACAAAUGGGUAACUUACAUUACAAGAAAUUAGAUUAGUCUGAUUUAUCGGAAUAUAAUAAAAUUUUCCAAAAUAAACACGUGGAAAAAAAUCAAAUCAAGUACGGGCGUUAAGAUACAUUUUCUUCUAAUUUGCGAUGCAAAUUAUUCUAUUAGGUUGUUACAGCCUAAAUCGAAUUCAUGUAGACCGAGUCAAGUUAUUAUUAUAAAAGAUGAAAUUAAUUGAAUUAUUAAGGAACAUUUAAUUUGCAGUUGCUAGUAAUCAGUUCCAGUAAGCACAUACCUAUGUAUGUAAUAAAUGUGUGGAGUUGCUUGUCUCCCAUCGGUCGCGUCCUCAGGUCGUGGAUCGAGGAACGCAGUGUGUGAAAGUGUUUAACUCGAAUCGAGCGGCUUCUCGGCCAGCGUCUGUUUUCCACGUUAAGAACGGCUGGGCAGACGUCAAAUACAUCCAAAGAAUGCAGCAGCAUUAAAAACUCCAAUAGUGGAGGAAUGGCAGAAAAUACCGAACGUAUACGACAUAAACAAAUUAGUCUAUUCCAUGAAGCAGUCUCUGCAAAAUGUUAUUGAAUCUUGCUGUUAUCAUACCAAAUAUUAAAUAAAUGAAAAAAAAAUUACGUAUUCACAUCAUGUAUUUAAUAAAAAAAACGUGUAUUAAAGUUUGUAAAAACAAUUUAUUGACAGUGUCGAAAUAGUGUGUAACUUGUUUUUAAUGCUUAAGUAGUUGUUUUUCCAAAGAAUUGAAAUUGUUUUAUUAAUUCCCUUUAAAUGCUGUAAAUAAAUAUG